AUGGCAGAUAUUGUGGGGUUCUCUUCCCUCCUGUCCUGUGAUAUCUGGUGCUCACAGCAGGGCUGGGUGGCCAGAAAACCAGCGGGCACCUUUGUGUUUACUGGAGAUGGGGGUCCAGUGGAAAAGUUGACAGUCCCAGACUGCCUGAAGCCAGCCCAGGUUCCGCUCCAGAGGUGCCAGUGUGGGGGCCCCUCCACGGCUUCUGCAGCCAGGAUGUGGAUGCAGGGCACCCCCCACCUGCUGCCCGGGACUGCUGUGGGGUCCCCGAGCCCCCAGAGGCGUCACACGCUCCCUGCCAGCGAAUUUCGCUGCCUCACGCUCCAGGAUGCCGCCAUCGUGUUCGAGAUCGAGCGGGAAGCUUUUGUCUCCGUCUCGGGCCUCUGCCCCCUGGACCCGGAUACCAUCUGCCACUUCCUGACCCUGUGUCCGGAGCUGUCCCUGGGCUGGUUCCAGGAGGGCCGCCUGGUGGCCUUCAUCAUCGGCUCGCUGUGGGACGGGGAGAGGCUCACGCAGGAGUCGCUGACAAUGCACCGUCCUGGGGGCCGUACAGCUCACCUGCAUGUGCUCGCCGUGCGCCGCACCUUUCGCCAGCAGGGCAAGGGCCCCGCUCUGCUCUGGCGCUACCUGCACCACCUAGGCGGGCAGCCUGCAGUGCGGUGCGCGGCGCUCAUGUGCGAGCCGGGCCUGGUGCCCUUCUACGAGCGCUGCGGCUUCCGUCGCGUGGGGCCCUGUGCCGCCGCCCCUGGUGCCCUGGCCUUCACCGAGCUGCUGCAGUGCUCGCUGCGCGCCAUGGCCUCUCAGCGCAGGAACAGCGGCUGCUGA